CUGAAGUUCAUAUAUCUUACAUUUUUUCUCAUUUUAUGUCAUAUAAAUACAUUCCUGAAAAAUAAUAAUAUUUUCUAAGGUUAUAACCUCACUUAUAACAGUCCAGUGUUGACGUCACUUACAAAGAAUGCAAGUAGUGUAUACUAUGUCUUGAUUAUUAAAUUUCACGGAGACUUCAUAACGAAGUUUCAUCGGAACAAAAAUGAUAUCCUCAAGAAGCUGACAAAAAACAACUUAGAGGGAUGGAUAGCACCGAAUAUGAACACGUAAGAAAUAUGACCCUUUUAUUCUUCUUCGAAAAGUUGUUGGAUAAAGGAGGACCUAGAACACUACAUGAUUUGAGUUGUCAAUUCGGUGCUAAGGGGUUUACUAAGGAAAUGCGACAAAUAGCUGGAGGAUCACAAUCUGGACUGAAGAAAUUUUUGGCACAAUAUCCAGCUCUAUUCACUGUUGAAGGAGACUUUGUCUAUGUAAAUUCAUAUAGUGUUUCUUCAGCAGAUACUUGCAAUGCUACUUUAGGAGGUAAAAGAGAUUAUGCUAAAGAAGCUGUCGAAUAUUUUUCUAUAAAGCUUCGCCAGUAUGGAGAAGGUACAGAAGUACCAAUUAAAAGUUUACUUGGCCAUCGUUCACAAGCCUCUCCAGAAGUUCGUCAUAUCUCAGGACAGCAUAUCAGAGAAUUUAGAGAUUUUUUGUGCCGUUAUCCUGAAGCAUUUAUUGUUUCUGAGGAAACUGUCAUGCUUAAAGAAUAUGAAGGCAAAGAACCCAGGCCUUUUCAAGAGUUAGAAGAAACUAAGAUUGAUGCUGCCACUACUGAUCGAUUGGUUAAUUUUUUUAAGCAGUGUAUAAAUAUGAAAGGUCCUUUAUUAGUGGAUCAGUUGUUUCAUCAUGUAGGAACUUUUUUUCCUGAAGAAGUAUGGUCUCCUAUUUUUAAAACUUCUCAAGAUUUAUCAACUUUUUUGAGAAUGCAUUCUAAUUUAUUUCAUGUGCAGUCAAAUCUUGUUACUAAUGUCAAUAAUAAUAUAAAUAGUAACAAUAACUGUGCCAAAGCUGUUGAUUGUAAUUAUAUUGAAAAUAAGAGGAAUGAAGAAAAUGUAUCUAACAAUAGUUACAUUGAAACCCCUGUUCCAAGAGAAAUUAAUCCUUCAAAUAAUUUGCAAAAAAUGUCACUGAAACAGCGGGUAAAUAAUCUUGUCAUGAAGACUUUAGCCGAAAAUACUGAAAAAGAUAGAAGUCUGGCUGCUUUGUCUGUCAAUGGUGAAAAUUGGAAAACAAAAGUUCUACAGAAUACUAAAGUUAUUGCUAAUGUAAAGGAAUGCCUCAACCUUGUAGAAGAUAUCCUCAGUGGUGACGAGGGUACAGCAGUUUCAUUUGAUUGUGAAGGGAUUAAUCUGGGAGCUAAAGGUCAGUUGACACUCUUUCAGAUUGGUUUAACAAAUGGUCAGGCCUAUAUUUUUGAUUUAGUUACCUGUCCGAAUCUGGUUGUUGCUGGAGGCCUUCAAAGGCUGCUUGAAUCUGAGAAAGUUGUCAAGGUAAUCCAUGACUGCAGAAAUGAUAGUGUCAACUUGUAUAACCAGUAUGGUAUAACAUUAAGAAAUGUUUUCGAUACUCAGGCUGCUCACGCUGUUGUACAACUACAAUUAACAGGAAAGCCAGUCUAUAAAGUUAAAAAUGUUAGUUUAAAUGCACUAUGUGAACUUUAUGGUGCCCCUAUCAAUCCCCAAAAAGAAGCUCUUAAAGCUUUAUAUAGGAGAGACCAACGCUACUGGGCUCGAAGACCCCUCACUAGAGACAUGUUACUGUAUGCUGCUGCAGAUGUAUUAUCCCUUGUCCCUCAAGUAUAUAAUGCUAUGUUGAAGGAACUACGUCGAGAUUUGGAGCCAUUACUGUGGGAAUUGUGCGAAGAACAAGUAUUAAUGCACAUCAAACCUGGUGAAGUUAAACAGCAUAAGAAACAGAGAAAAGUUGAGAGUGAGGUGUCAGACUUGAAAGCUAAACUUGCUACCUCUGCUCAUACUGGACGAAACAUUGUUUUGAGCAACAGAGAAAUUCGAUUACUGCGGUAUCUUGAUCUAACGGAAGAAGAAAAAGAGAAACUCAAAGGUUCCUACAAAGUAGCUAGAAAGUUGGAAAAAUUGGAAGGAAAGAGCAGGGAAAGUGAAAAUGAAAUGUUUAGUCUUGAAAGCUGUAAUAGUGGAAAAUCGACCUCAUCUGAGAACUCUUUAUCAGGAGAACCUCGCUCGUUGACAGAAUCUAUGCAAUUAAUGGACGAAUUGCUGGCUAACACCGGAAUGGAUCGUUUAGAUAAAAUGGAGCGAUUGGAAGCUCUCCUUACAUCGGCUGUUAGUUCUGCUAGAAGUCCAGAUCAAUGUCAUUGCUUCUGCCAUUCAUCGAUGAACGAAAAGUCUUCUACAGCUUCCCAAACCAUUUCAACCGGAGAUAUUGUACUGACGGGAGUUUAUUCUAUUGACAACAGUGCCAAUGACAAGAUACUACUUUCUCCAAAGAGAUGCUCAUCUUAAUCGUUUCAUCACACCAUCUGCUGCAACUUUUCAAUGAGACUACUGAACCCAAUGUUUUCAGAGGUGGUAUCAAAGUCAGAGGUCACUGGAGGAUGAUCAUUACCACUCAUCAUGAUCCUGAAAACAGCUUAUUAUGCUAAUAAGAUUUAUAAGAAUGAUAAUAUAUUCUUUGUAAAAAAA